GUUCGUUUGCUAUCAUUUGCUGGAAGUCAGCUGGAAGUUUAGAACUGCCUUGAGCCCUGAGCCUGAGCCUGAGCCUGAGCCUGAGCCCGAGUCCGAGACGUAUUGUUACCCGUCCUUCUUGGUUGGCCUGCAGCAAAUUGAAUCGGGACUGACGGACGGCGGCUUCCCAUUUUCUCUUUCAAGCAAACCCCAUCCAACGGAACCUCGCCUCAUCCACUUUUAGUUCUCAUUUCACUCCUCGCCUCGCUUCACCUUACCUUACUCUCAACCUCCUUGUCCGUCACUGCUUCGCCUUCGUCUGUCCGGUCUUUCCCUUUCGGUGGGUGAAGCUAUUUUGCUCCCCAUAUUCACUCCUUGAUCCUGACUGGCGCCAAAAGACCGAACAGACAGGCGGCUAGCCUCACUCAUAUGAUCCACGGCCCUGCGCAUUCAAUCUCCACCGCCCGCCUACCGAGACCAGCCACUCCCUCGUUGCUUGUUUACGACCCCUUUGCGCCAGAAGAUAUGACGACACUCGACCUGAGCUGACCCUUUCACAUACCCAACCAUUUCGCCUUGCUCGGAGGAUCAGCCUGCUGCCCAGUCUCACCAACGAAUUGCAUUGCUCUAGACCCUCGGCGGACACUAGCGACAGAUAUUGACCCAGCCGUCACUUGCGCUCGCUCUCUCACCCAUAAUCGACGCCUCUUUUCCCUCUCGCUCUUUGCGUGCGCGGCUAUCGAACGGAGUCCGACCGUCAUCCAUCCCGGUUCCUUGUUCCACUCCUUGUUCUGUGCGCCGACGCUGGUUCCUUUCGACGCUCUUUUAGCCUUUUCUCACUGUCGCCCGCAAACCCGCUGCUUCAACGUUGCGCCGAGGCUGAAACUGCGACGGCUGCGACGGGAAUCAUUCCAAGAUGCCUCCCUCCGGUGCCGCGGUUAAGAAGCAGAAGCAGAAGCAGACACUGACAUUGGCACAACUUGCCUCGUAUGACGAUUUUCUCACGGAUGCGUUGGUUGACCAUGCUUUCUACUGGACUACGAUCCCCAAGAACCGGAACUCGUACCACCCUUCCCGAGGUGUGCGCGAAGAGGACAUAACCCAGAUCAUCCAGAGCGAGAUUGCCGUCAACAAGGACCUCGAUUCCGCCGAGCGCAAACUACUAUCCACAGAUGGCUUCCGCAAGUUCUUCGCCGCUCUCAAGACGGACAAGGCGAAGGAAGACUUCAAGCGCCAUAUGCGCCGCUACACCCAGGUCUACCUUCCUGACUGCCCCUUCGAGGUCAAUUCCACGAACCGCUACACGAUUGUGUCACACGAGGCUGCCAUCACUGCCCGACGCUUCAUCCGAAAGAACGAGACGAUCAAGUACUUGGCCGGAACCCAGGUCAACAUCUCCCCCGAAGAGGAGCGGGAAAUGACGGCCCGUAAAAAGGACUUCAGCAUCAUUAUAUCCGCGAGGAACAAAUGCGCCAGCCUGUUCAUGGGCCCGGCCCGGUUUGCGAACCAUGAUUGCGGGGCCAAUGCGAAGCUCAUGACGACAUCUUCGGCUACGAUCGAAAUCAUUGCUACGAGGAACAUCGAUGUUGGGGAGGAGAUUACCGUCACAUAUGCAGAGAACUACUUUGGGGAAGACAACUGCGAAUGUCUCUGUAGGACAUGCGAGAAUCGGUGCAUCAACGGUUGGGCGCCGACGGAAGGCGAAGUCGGGGUCAAGAAAAGCAUCGAAGACUCCGUCAUGGACGGAUAUUCUUUGCGCCGGCGCAGGAGGGAUGACGAGAGUGCCGCCCCUUCAUCCCGGACACCUUCCGUCACACCGGACAUACGGCCUCGGGUAUCCAAGUCUCGACUGAGGGCUAGUAAGCCUGGCCGUGACUCGCUGGCAGUCGACUCCGCCAUGUCCGAGUUUUUAUCGCCUGAUCAGAAGCGCUCUUUUGACUCUCUCGUUACGCCCCCCAUCACGCCUUCAAAGAGACGAAAAGUUUCAGCAACACAAGCAGUCACGGUUCCUCCAGAAGAAGCCCUUGUCAGCUCGAGAGACGGCUCCUCGGCCUCUGGCUCGGUGCGCAGCAUGUCGUUGACGAGCGGUGCCAACGAAGACGGCUCAGUGACGGACAUCACUGAGCCUGAGAAGGACACCCCGGAACCGACCCAGGCUCAAAAGAAGACGGAGCUUGUCAAGGAGGAGGAAAGCGAAGAGUCCACGGAGGAAGUCCUGGCCAAGGCGGAGCCGUUUUCCGUGCAACGGCAGGUCCAGAUCGAUACGACAGGUACAACGUCUGCUGAAACAUCUGCUCCGAUUCGAACCGCAUCUGUCAUGGCAUCAAGGUCGAUCCCCAUUUCCUCCCUGUGCAAUCCGCCAUCUCCGCCCUCGAAAAACAAUAGGGGCGGCAUCUCGGGAUGGACUGCCAUAGCGUACUCAACGAGCAUUACCGCCGCGACGAGACAGGGUCGUAUGAGCAUUGCAGCCGCCGUGAGCGAUAACGCCGACGCGAGACCGACGGCCAUGUCAGAUGCAGGCGCAACGACGAUUUCAGGCAGAAGCGGUUUGGUGUCGAUGCAGGUUGGCAGGAUGCUCUCAGCAACGGAGCCGCUCGAGUACCCCCAACAAGAGUGCAUUUCGCAAACGUCAAAGGUUGAGGCCGUGCUGUCAACUGAACAAGACAUACCGGGCAACCGCAGCCCCGACAGUGUGCAGACGUUGAAGGUCGAGGCAGUGGAGUCGAUGGAGAAUCCUGCGCCGAUCACUGAUAAAAUCCAAGUCUGUGCGAAGGUCAAUGAGACGGUGAAAGAGGAGGAGGCUGCCGGCCAGUCGCCGCCGCCACCACCACAGCAACAGGCGGAAGCGUCAUGUGUGAGGAAGAAGCGCAAGUAUCAACGACGCACCUUCAUCAAGGAGACGACACCUCCCGCAAAGACCCGAACGCCCGGCGAUUACACUCUAACGCCGUUGCUGCUCUCUGAGCCGCAGACGGCAUGGGUUCGUUGCAUGAACUGUGAGACGGCCUUCGUGCAGCAGAAUGCAUACUACACCAAGAGUUCGUGCCCGCGCUGUGAGCGACACUCGAAGCUCUACGGCUACAUCUGGCCCAAGACGGAGAGGGCUGGGCCUCGCGACAAAGAGGAGCGCAUCCUCGACCACCGCAUCAUUCACCGGUUCCUGGGACGAGACGACGAGGCGCGCAUCCGCGGUCGCAAGAGACCUACCGGAGGACUAUCCGAGGCGCUCGAAGACGACAGGAGUGGAAACAGGCACCGCGGAGCUGCGGACCAAGAUGCCGGGGAAGGGGAAGACAGCGCCGGGUUGAGACGGAGCGGUCGGAUGCGAAAAAUUAGCCUCAAAGUGGCGUGCCCGUGAGGAGAAGAGGCGCGCGAAUCAGCCAACCGGGAGUGGUCCGUCAACACCAAAAAAGACAUGACGGGGGGGGGCUUUCUCUCAACUACAGUUUGGGCCCCCGAACGGAGAAACGAAGGAGGACGAUUUAUAAUUGGAACGUGGGAAAACAUGGGUUGGAAAGGCGUCUGUCUCAUGUGUCAUUGCGAUAGUACCACAUUCUGGCCUUUUUCCCUUGUCACUCUCGCUCUCUCUUGCUUUUUUUUUUUUUUUUUUUGCUUCUUCUUUUGCUAUGCAUGCAUAACUGCAUGGACGACACAUAGAUACCAUAGCUCCUCACCUUUGCAUAACGUCCGUCCGUCCU